AUGUCAGGCCCAAGCGACAAGGCGCGGUUUUACUUAGAACAAGCUGUUCCCCAGUUGCAAGAAUUCAAAGAGAAAAAGAUUUUCUCGGAGGACGAAAUUCGGACACUAGUUAAAAAGCGAUCUGAUUUCGAGCAUCGAGUUCUUGGUCGAGGUUCGCAACCAGUCGACUUCGCGAAAUACGCAGCAUGGGAGAUCAGUCUAGAACAUCUGCGGAAAAAGAGAUGCAAGAGGUUACAGAUUAAAGGAAGCACGGCGCAUUCUGGCCAGGCGAGAAUAUUCAGUAUAUUCGAUCGAGGAACAAAGAAACAUCCAGGUGACAUCGCGUUGUGGAUGUCAUUUUUGGAAACUGCGAGAGAAGCAAAGGCGACGAAAAAGUUCAAGAUCGUUUUGACUGCCGCCUUGCGACUGCACCCAACUAAGUCGGAAUUAUGGCUGUACGCCGCGAAGUGGUCCUUGCAGUCGGAAGCUGAUAUGAGUGGGGCAAGAAGUUACAUGCAGAGGGGUACUAGAUUCUGUACGCGAAGCAAGGACUUGUGGAUCGAAUACGCGAAGCUUGAAAUGAUAUUCCUAACGAAGAUUGCAAUGCGGAGGAAGAUCUUAGGACUGGAUGCUAGCGACGACCCGGAUACGGACAAUGAAGAGGAGAUUCUCGAGGCAAACGGGUUCGAGACAUCGGCAGAUGUCAUUGCCAUACCAAACUUCAAGCCUAAUACCCUGCGACAGAGUAUGGUUGAGGGAAUAGUCGUAGACGAGGAAGCCAAAAAAGACCCGAUGGCAACGCCGGCUCUUAACGGGGCGAUACCUUUAGCUAUUUUUGAUGCUGCGCGGAAGCAGCCAUUCUUCUGUCCAUCCGCCGCCGAGGACUUUUUUGAUAUGUUUGCCGCAUUUACUCAGGUCAACUGUUUGCCGAAGAUCUUGCUGCACGUUCUCGACGUUAUGAAUGAGUUAUUUCCGAAAGACCCAUCAACAUCUAGUUGCUUUGUCAAACAAUCACUCGUCGGACUCAGUCCUACUUCGCCAGAGUUCCCAACCGCGCUCGGUAUCGCUCUGGAAAGACUUAACUUAUCUAUAGAGAAUACGGCUGAUAAGGGAUUAUUCAUGAGGAAGACGAGAAACUGGAUAGAAUCAACAUUGCAAGUGGCAGAUUUAGAUCCUGGUAUAGAAGCAGUCUUGGGCCAUACGUUACGAAAACUGGAGGGUUGA